AACGUGGGUGUCAGAGGCGGGAAGAACCCCCUGCCCCUCCCCGCCCUCGUGUGCUCCAUCGUUGACUUCCCACGUGGGAAGAGAUGAGUGGAAGACAUGCAGGCCUCCACCUGCGCGUAAAGCCUACGUGCGUUACGCCUAGCCAGCGACAAAGGAGGGGAGCUGGGGUAGGUUUAGAUUCUUGCCGAGGAGGUUUGGGAGGGUGGCUCGAGGAGGAAGGUGGGAGGAGAUACAAGAGGGGGACCAGAAGGGGUCGCCCCAAACGACCCAACGCUCGCGUUCCAGGUGAUCCUCAGGCGUUAAUAGCGCCAUCAUGAACCCUCCGCCACCUGUGCGAGUAAUUAUAAAGCUAAUUAAUGCACACGGGCCGGGGCGUCAGACCCAGGGCAGGAAGGGGAGGAGAACAGGCGGCCAUGGGAGGACACUGGCAACUGCCCCUCUCCCACCGUGCGCUCCAGCAGCAACAGCGCCAACUUCCCAAGGUGAAAGUCGGGGAAAUAGGGAGAGAGAGGAGUAGAAACAGCGUCGAGACCGAAGGCCAUGAGCGUUGGGGGCUGGGGGAACCGGCAAGAUACUCGAGGCAAGGAAAAAGGAUGCCGGGAACCCUUCCAAACCCGUGCCCUGGGGCAACUCCGAUUUGUCCUGCAUGAAGCAUGCCUUCUUGAGUGGGCCUGCGUUGGGAAAAAGACUGGACGGGCGGCCAGAGAAGGUGUUGGGAGCCCCCUACCCUCGUGCUCUCCAGAAAGGGCUGGGGCAGAGGCCAGCAGAGAAAUGGACGGGACCCAGGAGAGGGAAGCAGGGACAAUGAUGGACCAAGAGGAGAAGGAAGAUGGGGGCUCGGCCUCAUGCAUCGAAGCGGGCUCCCCAGACCAGGAGGGCUUCUUCAACCUGCUGAGCCACGUGCAGAGCGGCCGGAUGGAGGAGCAGCGCUGCUCACUGCAGGCAGGGCCAGGUCCAGCCUCCGAGAACCAGAGCAGCCCUGCACCCGAGAUGGACAGUCUCAUGGACAUGCUGGCCAGUACCCAGGGCCGCCGCAUGGAUGACCAGCGUGUGAUGGUCAGCGCCCUGCCUGGCUUCCAGCCUGUGGGCCCCAAGGACGGAGGGCAGAAACGAGCCGGGACCCUCAGCCCCCAACCCCUCCUCACCCCUCAGGACCCGUCUGCUCUCAGCUUCCGUCGGAACAGCAGCCCCCAGCCCCAGACACAAGCCCCCUGAGGGCCUGAGGCAUCCUGGGCCCCACUUGGCCCCUGAAAGCAGACAAUAAAACACUUCCACAGGCAA